CUUGUCCCCACCACAAAUAUUUMUGUCACUCUUUAGCCACCGCGCAACGCACCUCCUUUCAAAUUGAGAACGCAUUCUCAUCUGGAAUACGCCUAGGGUCCACGCCUACUGCCCUUAACCAACCUGCGAUCCCCGAAAUGCCAUGGUCCGGUCUAGUCUAGACUAGUCUCAUCCGCGGAGACACAUUUUUCUCUCGCGUGUUUUUACAGUUUGAUGGCUACAGUCGUAUGCGAUAUUUGCAUUCAGCAGCGUAGUAGUUAAAGUGGUACCGAAUGCGUUAUUUUAUGUUCUGUGUGUUGCCCUCACUCCAGCAGACCGCUACAGUAGGAAGAUGGCGUCGGAGGGAGCGAGCGGGGAACAGCGUCCUCCGAUACAAACACUGGCAACAACAGUGRUUGAAAGUGUCGAAGCGAAAUGUGAGUUUAACAUGGAUAAUCUGAGCAAGCCGGAGCUCCUGACCCUGCUCAGCAUCAUGGAGGGGGAGCUGGAGGCCCGGGACCUGGUCAUAGAAGCCCUGAGGGCGCGACGUAAGGAUGUGUUCCUCCAGGAGCGUUARGGCCACUUCAGUCUGACGGACCCCUUCCUGGCCCUGCAGAGGGACUUUGACUGUGUCCCCGGGGGGGACAAAGAACACCGGCCAGUUGGCUCCAGCCCCAUCUCAGUCCUGGAGGCAGUCAUGGCGCACUGCAGGAAGAUGCAGGAGAGGAUGUCAGCACAGCUGGCUGCUGCCGAGAGCAGGCAGAAGAGGCUGGAGAUGGAGAAGCUACAGCUGCAUAGUCUGGAGCAGGAGCACCGUAAACUAACCGCCCAGCUGAAGGACGAGCGGGAGAAGAACAAGCACAUGGUWAUGAUGCUGGUGAGGGAGUGUAAGCAGCUGGCGACGCGCGUGGUGGAGGAGUCGCAGCGCUUCGACGAGAUUUCUGCCCGGCUGGAUGAGGAGAGCCGCUUGGCCYGGCGGCUGCAGGAGGAGCUGACGGCAGAGAGGCAGCGUGGACAMCAGAUGGAGGCCAAGAUGGAGAAGCAGCUGUCAGAGCUGGACACUGAGUGCGAGCAGCUGCGUGCCAGGCUGGGCCGAGAGGAGACAGAGAGCCUGAGCCUYCGCCGGCAGGUAGAGCAGCUCAGGACUGAACGGGAUGCUAAGGAUGGUAAGGAUGGUAAGGACGUUAAAGACUGUAAGGAUGGUAAAGCCGGUAUCCCAGCCCAACCGGCUGCAGCAACUGCUGUGGAUCCCACCGCUACCACCAACCCCCCACCUCRCAAACACACAGCAUCUGUUGCUGUGGCCACAGACCCAGUCAGUUCCCAGACGGCCUCCUGCCAAACGGACCUGCCCCCUCCAGAGGCCGAGGGGCAGAAGAAGCCGAGCCCCCUCACCAUCCCUGUCAAACCCACUCCCACCAACUACGCAGGCCUCAGCCUGCCCAAGACGCCCAGCGCAGGCCGGGGGCUGGUCCACAGCAGCUCAGGAGGACUUCUUCAAACAGGGGAGAAUGGAGCCGAGGGCCAGACGCCCCACGGUGGGUUACACUCCCCUGCCCCCACCUCAGCCCUGCCCAUGGGGGUGAGCCCUCGUGUCCAGGCUGCCCGCUACAAGUUCCAGGAGCAGGACCAAAARGGCACAUCCUCCCAGAGCAGCCCGCCGACCCGUGACCUAUCCCCCACCAACCGAGACAACUUUGCCGCCAAGCAGCAAGCGCGACACACCGUCACACAGGUCCUCUCACGCUUCACCAGCCCCCCAGCAGGGGGCCCCGGAGCCCUCCGUCCCGGCCUGCCCCACUCCACCUCAGAAGGGGGGCCCUUCCCUGGCCGCCUGGGCCACCCCAUCGGCCUCAAGUCCCCCACAGUGGCGAGGAUCGACCGGGGAAACCCGCCCCCCAUCCCGCCCAAAAAGCCGGGCCUCUCCCAGACCCCCUCCCCUCCCCACCCGCCCAUCAAAGUGGUGGGGGACAGCAACCGCUCCCCCGGGGCGGGGUUAAAACCCGGCACGCCCCAGCUGCCGCCCAAACCCGCCCUGGACCUGGUCCCAGCCUUGACGGCGUUUCAGGUGGGUGCCUGCCCUCCCACAAGGGGGUUGAGGGGGCCGCACCAGGCCACGUGUGCAGACGCCAGCGCUGCCAUCACUGUCAGUAGCCCCUCCUCCAUAAACCCCUCCUCCUUCGCUAGCGUUCCAUCCCGAGCCCCAGGCAGCCCCCUGGCAACAGCAUCAGGCUGGCGUCCCUCCAUAGUUCCCUCGCUAAACUGCGGUGGGCCCGUUGCCCUGGACGACGGGCGCCCRCUGCUCCUCCAAGCUGCUUCAGGAAAUGUCACUUUAUUGUCAAUGCUGCUUAACCGAGAUCCAACGGAUAAUAUUAGUCUCCUUGAAGWCCACCCAGCCUCUGCCUUGUUUUCUGCUGCUCAAAAUGGACGCUCAGACUGCGUUAACCUGCUGCUGACUUCGGGGGUGUCUACUGAUGUUUCUGAUUUAAACGGAUUUACGCCUUUACACUUUGCCGCCUCACAUGGACACCACAGGUGUGUGGAGGCCCUGGUGUUCGGUGGGGCUGAUGUGGACCAAAGGGCCAUUGGGGGAAAGACCCCUCUGUUCAUGGCCAGCAGAGCCGACAGGCUGGACUGUACCAGUGCCUUGCUCAACGCCAGGGCCGACCGCUCAAGAGCCACCACUGACAGCUGCAAGGCUCUCCACGAGGCGUUCAGCUUGAGACAUGUGGACACCCUGCAGCUCCUCCUCUGCCACCCUGCCCCUGACUGUACCCACACCCUGCCCCUGACUGUACCCACACCAUGGUGGCUGGCCCGGCUCUGGAACAUAGUGGUGGUCCUUCACGUGGAGUAGGCCAUCGUCUCCCGGGUGACACCGGGAUCACCUAGCAAACGCCGCCUGAGCUCGGGCCAGCGAGCGGUGGUCAAGGCUGCUCUCAGUAUCCUGGUCAACAAAGCCGUCCUGCAGGGAUGCCCUCUGCCACGGCACACUCCGUGGCAGAGGGCAUGGGUACACACAGUGGAGAUUAACAGGCACCUGUUGAAGUUCCGAGCCAAUACCAGCCCACGAAAGAAGGGAAACCCCGCCUCCAACUGGAGCUGUYGAGAUUCUCUCAGAGAAGGGUCAUUGUCCAGCACUGAUGUCCUCUUCAUCAGCAACGGCAAUACUCCGAGUGUUGUAGAUGGGGACCAUGUGAGUCUGUGUUCUUACAACAAGACUGAUCUGAUCAGGGAGUUACAGAUCAUGUUCUCCAGCAAGUCAGAGCCAGACAUCAGCAAGAUUGCUCAGUCCAAGGAGGACUUCAUCGUCUUCUCUGGCUCUCCAAAUGGACAAUCUCCCCGCCGCAGGACCGACCAUGAAGCAACCGCUCGACCACAGUUGACCGGCAGCCGUCACUCCACCCCCAUCCCUGCCUUAGGCAGCCUCUUGCAACAAGAGGCGAUCGACGUCCUACCCAUAUCCCAGCUCCCUGUCUCCAGCAGCAAGGGACAGCAGCCACUAGCCAGCAGCAGCAGCAGUGCCUCCGCACCACGAACACCCACUACGACCACUAACUGCAACGCGAACAGAAUUGAACCAAGCAGCAGCAGCAAAACAAGGCAGGCCCCAACCAGACACAACAACAACAACGACGAAAACAACCAACAACACAAGGAAAUCUGGAUCCUACACCGAGACCUGCAUGAAAACAACAACCAUACCAAGUACUAGAUGAACUCCCUUUCUCAUCUUUUCCUCUUCCUUCACCUUCCUUCCUUCCAUCCUUCCUUCCUUCCUUCCACUCUGCUUUGAUCCCUCCAUGUUGUAAAGUUAGGGUUAAUGACGACCUUUUAGUAUUUGUACUUGUUAUCCGUACUUGUUACACUGUAUAACAAUUGUGUACUUGGGGACCAUAGUUUUAUGAUAUUAUACAGUAUUUAAGUAUUGAAAGAAGUAAAAAAAAAAAAAAAAGAGAGAAAUUCGCAGGGAAUUAUGUCAAAAGAAAAAUAAGUACUUAAAACAGGUUUUACCUUUUGGGGUGAAAGAAAAGAAACAGGACAUUUUUUGCUAUUACGUAUUUUCGAAUAUUCAAGUGUUUUAUGUUUAAAUAGUUGCAAGGUUGGUUUAAGUACUGUUGAAAUGAAUAAAGGUUUUACCAAAUAUUUGUAAAUAAGAACAAUUAGUAAAAUUAAUGGUAUAUAGAUUGGUGUAUGUGGUAUUAAGCUUGUACAGUGAAGAACUCAAAAAGAUAAGUGGAAGAAAAAAAAACUUGUAUAUAUGUCUGUAAUAAUAAGAGAAUUUGGUUAAUCAUUUUUCACUUGUUUCAAAGUGAUUGGAAUGUGGCAAUAAGUAAAGAUAAUUGCAAACACAGGACAUUUUCUUUCUUUUGACUAUGAACCAUAAAUAAAUACUUUAAACUACCCAGAAUUCCAUCCGAGUCACGGCUCGAUUCACCUUUGACCUCUAAGUGGAGCCCGAUAUAAAUUUCAAAGCAGCACGUUUUGUUCGUUUUUUUUUCUUUUUAAAACGUUUUAUUCAUUUAUUUUGGGAGGGGGGGGGUGUGUUAUUUUGAAUGGCCAUUGUUGAUUUAUGUACAGGAUAUAUUUUAGUCAAUCUUUGGUGUUCUGUAUGAUAGCUGUCUGAAGUUUAAAGAAAUGUACUGGUUCCUUUAAGCACAACCAUUAAAACUGCACUGUCAACCCCAA